AUGAUGGAAAAUGAUGCAGUAGGCAUCGACUUUGGUAGUUUCCGCACGAAAAUUGGCAUAUUUCGCGCCGGAAAUUAUGAAGAAAUUCUGGAUGAGAAAGGGCAUCCCUGGGAUUCUUAUGUAACAUUUGAGCCGAUUGAAAACUUUUACGGGUGUGAAGCUUUACAACGGCAGGGUGAUAGCUUAGCUUCUACGAUUUAUGCAUGGAAAAACCUGAUCGGGUGUUCGAGUGAGGAUUUGACGGCGGUUUUGGAGUUGUCAACAAAGUUAUUUAAUAAAACGCCGUCUUCAGUUUCGACCAUCGAAAUUGCGUGUGGUGGUUAUUCAUUUUCUCCAGAUGAAAUCACAACAAUGUUUUUUGCCCAUAUCAAGGAACGAAUCGACCAUCUCUACCCGCCAAGCAAUUGCUCCAAAAAUGAUGAAGCUCAGAUUUCGAAGACACGAAGAAAGUGUGUCAUCACGGCACCAGCGUUUUUGACGGAUACAAAGCGACAGGUGUUGAAAAGGGCCCUUGAAGACGCUGGCUUCGAAAUCCUUCAAAUAGUCGAUGAACCGACAGCCGCCGCAAUUUCUUAUGGCUUUUCAAACACUGCAAAAUCUACCAAAAACGUUCUAUUCCUCGACCUUGGUGCAACAAAUUUUAAUGUCGGCAUUUUUGCCCUGCACGGGAAUCGAAUAGUUACCAAGGCGAUACAUGGGCUGCAACGCGCUGGGGGUGAGGCAUUUUCAUUACCGAUUGAAAACGACCUGAUCACGAGGAUCUGGGCAGUGAAUGGGGGAGAGAAGUUGAACAUAGAAGAGGAGUGGCUCGUAAAAAAAGCGGCUUUCGAGGCGGUCGAGGAGCUGAUAAGAGGAGAUGAGUGCGUCAUCAAUUACCCGAAAGCACAGAUCGCUUACAAGCUUGACCGUCACCAAAUCGAAAUAUGCGGCACGAUAGUUCCGACCAAUGACUCGAUUGCACAGGGCGCUAGUAUAUUCGCCGCCCAUCUCCAUUCAACUGAAAAUCCCAAGAGCUACUCUAGAGUCCACGAAGAUCCGUAUAUACGAGAUUUGGAAUUGGAAGAAGCUAAAGAGCUGCCUGAAGUCCUGCGCCCAAAUUCUAGCCUCGCUUUUCCGACGGAGCCGCUGAAUCUGGCCGAGACUCGCUUU